AUGGCGGCCGUGUGCAAGCAGCUCGAAGCUGCGCAGAGCUUCCUGAAGCAGGUGUCGAAGCUUCCAAACUUCGAUGCCUUGCGAGACAAACAGCAGGUGGCUUUGCUGUCGGUGCUGAAGAAAACCUCAGUGCUGAACUUGAAAGAUGCUAACAGCAUUUUUCAGAUGAUGGACGAGAACUGCUGGACCCCUGAGCAGAUCGAUGCACUGCGGGUGGCAGUGUCGCAGCGUCUGCAGACAGAGGAAGCGAAGGAGGACCCGGGCAAGCGUGGCCCGAAGUCGCAAGACUUUCAGAACUUCUUGGGUUUCUUGAAGCCUUCGCAGUGGACGUCGCUGCAGGCUUCCGGCUCUGUGUCCUCCGGCUGCAGCAUGCUGGUGAGCAUGCUGGCUCAGUUGGGUUUGAGGUAUCCCUCGGAGUGGACUUUUGGGACGAUGUACUGCUUCAUGCAUCUGGUCCUCGGUCUACAAGUGCCGGACGCCUCGAAAGCUUACUCGGAAAUCACGAAGCUGAAGCCCGCAAUCCGCAAGCAGCUGGAGGGCCUACCUGAACCUUCGGUUUUCUUGUUGCAGCUGCCCAAGACUCCGCUAGAGCUGCCCUCGCAGUUCUAUGCUGAAGUGUACGGUUCCGAGACGCCCUGCGAAGGUAAGAUCUCUAAGGAGCUCUUGCUCUUUACGGCAUCGCAGAUUUCCGUGCGAAAGUCUGGGGACAAGGUGCUGGACAAAGCAGCCCCACCGCAGGUGCCGGUGGAUCCAAUGCAGGCAAUGGCCACCACAGCAACGGCGCUGAUGGCGACUUUUGUUGCUACGCAUGGUCCACAGGCUGGUGCUGCGUCUGUCGGAGCCACCGCUGCGGCGGGGUCUGCUGCUGGACCCUUGGUAAGGAUGCCGUCGCGGCCGAUGCUGGCCUUGUGCGAUGCUCCGCCCGAAACUGCCGAGGAGGUCGGCUUUGGGACAGGGAAACAGGAAGCAGCAGAAAAGGCCGCCGACGCUGUGGCAGAGGCCAAAGUUCCCCAGCAAGACAGCCUUGCUUCCGAGAGCUUGGGGCCAGGCAGCGAGCCUAAAGGAAAGGCCAAGGCCUUUGCAAAGGCCAAGGCCAAAGCAAAGGCCAAGACUAAAGUCAAGGCGAAGGCCAAAGCACACAGCAAAGGUAAGCCUGCUGCUGCCUUGAAGCGACCUGCUUCUGCGACGAGCAGUGGACGGAGCAUCAAAGAGGUGCCGGGUCUCACGUGGCAGGCUAUACGGCUGCUGCAGAAGCUCGUCGCAGUAUGCCUGGCUACGGCCGGCAUUGCAGUCUGCCGCAGCGAGCUGGCUACGGCCGCCGCUGCAAGCUCCGACGUGCAGCGAGCUGGCUACGGCCGCCGCUGCAAGCUCCGACGUGCAGCGAGCUGGCUACGGCCGCCGCUGCUGCAGCGACAUCCAUGCGGCGAGCUGGCUACGGCCGCCGCUGCAGGCUGCGACAUGCAGUGGGCUGGCUACGGCCGCCGCUGCGAGCAGCCUGGCCACGGCCGUGCCAUGGGCGACGAUGAGGAGGAGGACAGGCGAAGGGCGGCGGAAGCGCCCAGUGGUGCGAAGGCAGCUGCGGCUGCCGACGUCUUCGAGGAAGAGAGCGAGGAAGAGAGCGAGGAGGAGGAGCCACAGCCGGUGGCGGAGCGCUCGGCCUGGAGGGCCCUGCGAGAGGUCGCUGCAGGUGGAGAGGAGCCGCAGCAGGCGGCGCCGCCGCCGCAGCUCAAGGAGGGACAGGAGCCCGAGGAGCUCCGCCGGCGUCUGCUUGCCUCCAAGCCGACGCAGGCAGACAAAGUCUCGGAGGAGGCGUCCGCCCGUGGGCGGAAGCCCAGCGCCGAGGCGCGGCCGAGCACCAGGCAUGGAUCGCCGGCGAGCUCGCGGCGCUCCCGAGACUCCCGCCGCAAGCGCUCCCGCGAGUCCAGCCGCAAGAGCCGCCGCGACAAGAAAGCGCGGAAGAGCAGCAGCCCUGUCGUGGGCCGCGACCGCAGCCAAGACAAAGACGGCGAGCCGCCUGUGCCUCCGCCCGAGAAGUGGCUCGACCAUGAGCUGGAGCUGGUUCGUGAAACCCUUUACUUCAUCAUGCAGUUCCGAUCGGUGGGCAAUCGAGACGUGCUUGCUAAGUGCAUCGGCGUGUUGGCCUGCUUGCGGACCAUGUGGACUGAUGUGGAGUCCUGGCUGCAGACUGCGCCCGACUUACAGCUUGAGUGUCGCAUUCGAGAGCUUCGCUUGACCCUGGGAAUCGUGCCGCAGUACUUCGGCAUGAGAUUGGGGCGAGAGUUUCAGAUCGCUUUCUCCGUCUGCAGAGAUGGAGCCGCCCUCGUGCUCCAAGUCCUGCAGCAGCAGCCAGAGCUGCAGCAGCUCCGUGCUGAUUCUUUGGAUCUCUUGGACUAA